UUCGCACAGUGUGCUUUUCUUCCGCGUAUAUUGUCAAUGAGUUAAUCCUAUGUUUUCUCUGGUACACUAUUGAACCUGUAAGGAAUACCUCUGCCUUCUAAAUUUCAGAGCCUACAGCGAGAAUUAACCAAAAUCCUUACUAAAUGAAGGGUUUGAGGUUCUCAUAGUGGUUAUUAUGAAAAGUUCUAUCUCCUGGGAUAUAACGCAGUGCGGUCCGUUGAAAGUCAAAUAUUUUGGCGUAGCAUGUCACUCAGCUCUACUUGCCACCCCUUUUUUUGCUGGGUCCAUGCUUGACAUAUUCUUCAACCCUGAUGAUGGAGACAACACGUUCUUUUGAAACGUCGGCUGACUGUCGAGGGGAAAAUAUGACAAUAUGUCCCAUGUGCUCAUGUGUAGAUGCUCGGUAUCUGUGCACGUAACAACUUAUGGCGCAUUAUGGCGUCUGCUAAAGAAAAUGUUGCCGUUUUGCCGAAGAAAUUUGGAGGAGGACCGCAAGGAUUAGGCGAUCCAGAGGACAGGUCAUUACGAAAUAUAGAGAUUGAUGUUCUGAUUCCAAAAAAGAUGAGAGACAAAGCUAGAGAUGAAAUAUGUACUGAGGAAGUAAAAGCUUUUACUGAAUGCUGCAAGAAUUCCAGUAUUUUCAUGGUUAUUACAUGUCGAAAGGAAAACACUGCUCUUAAGAACUGCUUGGAUAAAUGGUACCAAAAUGAAGAAUUCAAGAAUAAAUGUAAAGAAGAAUAUUUGGACGAACGUAGUGAAUUCAGAAGAACUGGUAUCCCUAGGAAACACAACAAAUAAACGUAUUUAUAAGUUAGAAAAAUGUAUGUAUUCACAAUACAAUCCUCUUGUAACAAAA